AUGCAUGGAUUUCCGCCAGGCACGGGAGUAUAUCAGACGAAGCACAUCGUGAGGUUUGAUGACCUGUGUUCGCGAUUGGCGGUGGUAGGCAAAGUCGAGUCUGAGGACAACAAAAAGGUCGUUUUACUUGGAAAUUUAUCCCAGAAGUAUAAUGCAAUGAUUCGUAUCAUCAAGGCGCAUGGCAAGGCGACGUUGCUGGACGCAAAGAAAAUGCUACGUCGUGAUUUCGAGCUGACCAAAAAGAGAGAGGAGAAAGAGCAAGCAUACAAGGCCUCGAUGCGCGAGCAAGGUGGUUGUGGACAGGUCCAGAACAGGAACACUGGACCGAAAUUUUGUGGUUACAGCUUUAAUUGCAAUGAGUACGAUCACAAGCGUGAUGACUGUCCUGAGUCGAAGAAAUUGGAGAACGAGUUUGUUUCCUCGGCCACCACGGUCGCUUCAGCACGAGAGGUUUCCUGUCUGCUCGACAGUGGAGCGAGCUGCUUCAAUGGGCAGCAAUUGCCAGCCGAAAGAAACAAAUUUGUUGCUGGUGAUACGCGUACGAUCAAGUUGACGGACGUUUUGUACGUGCUGGUGUCCGUCCCAGCGUUGACAAAACGUGGCGUUGUCGUGCAGUUUGAACGCGAUCAAGCGACAUUAGCGGUGUAUAGAAAAGAGCGCGGCGUGAUUUAUCGAAAUGGUAAGCUGUUCAUGCGGCAUUUACAGCAGCUCAAGGGGAGCAAGCCGCCCGGACAGAUACUAGAAUGUGUGGAAAUAGAGCGUUAUGGCACACUCAACUGGGCAAUAUUUUCACAGUAA